CAAAAUUUCUAAGUAGGCUGCAAAAAACUAUAAAAUUCAUCAUAUUUAAAUUAUAAAAUUUUUAUAUAACGUGUUAUUAAAUUUUUAUUUGUUAGAUGAAAAGUGUUUCUAAUAUAAAAUCAAGAACAUUUUAAAUUGUCGUAGCUGUUGAGGUUAAAUUCAAACAGCUUCAUAGGUAUCUUCAAGAAGCACAAUGUCUUCCAACGGAUCAAACGUAUCUAAUCCAAAUUCUCCUGAACAAAUUCUUAAAGGGAAGGAUUUAUUAGCUAUUUUCCGUUUAUGGGAAGAAACUCAUAAUGCCGCUGGAUAUGAUCCUGUUCCAGUCCUGAAAAGGCUUUCUGAAAUAUUUGAGGAAGAGACAGAUAUAUAUACGAGAAAAGAUCCUGAUCCUUUUGAUGAAAGACAUCCAUCACGGACAGAUCCAGAUUGCGAACUAGGUCGAUCUCUUAAAUUACUUUUCAGAAGAGAUCAUUUUAUGACUAAACUUGUCAGUGAUUAUUUACGCGAUAAUUUUUAUACAAGACAAAACAUUCAAAAAAGUUCUUUAGAUUUAAAUAUUGCAGCAUGUCGUUUAAUUCUUGUAAUUAUGCCAGGCUUGGAAACAUCAGCAGUUUUCCAAGUAGAUCACCAGAACUUGAUAAAUCGUAUCUAUAGCUGGGCUGAAGAUAGUAUAGAACCACUACAAAGUUAUGCAACUGGUCUGCUGGCUGCGGCAAUGGAAGUAAAUGACAUGGCAGUUAGUUUUCGAGAUCACAAUGCACGUUUAGUGCCGAAAAUGCUUAAACGAUUACACAUGCUUCAAGCAAUUACAAAGAGUAGAGAACAGGAAAUGAAGGGAAAAUCUAGUUCAGUAGGUAGCUUGGAAUUGGAAGUGAAUGGAAACGCAAGUCCGGUAGUAUUGAAUACAAUAGAUUCAGAGUUAAAAAUAAAACUACCGAAUUUUAUGGCUGAACAUAGUAAAGAAGAAGUAGAAAAUAUAGUUGGUGAAGCUGAAGUAAAAAAAUCAGAUUCAAAAAAUCAUGACUUCCUUGUUCCCAGUAAUCUAUUGAAUGGACCUGGAUCUGCUAAUAUCUCACCAUUAAUAGAAAAUGACAAUAGCGUAGAUGCAUCUGUUUCUCAAAGCCAAAAAGCUAUAAAAAAAUUUUGGAUACCAAUUCAUCCUGCCACGACAGCAACAAGUCAAAUGUUGAUAUUAAGAUAUUUAUCAUCCUUAGGCGAAUAUCAAGAAGUACUAGGACCCGUAUUUGAGCACAAUGCAAUACAAAUAAUUUUUAAUUAUAUUGAAAAUUUAGAUAUAAGAGAUACAUGUUUAGCAUUUGAAGCCUUAAAAUAUCUCGCAUCCCUUUUAUGUCAUAAAAAAUUUGCAUUAGAAUUUAUCGGUAGAGGUGGCCUAGAAUAUUUAUUGCAAGUACCGAGACCUAGUAUAGCUGCAACAGGUGUUUCGAUAACUAUAUACUAUUUAGCUUAUUGUGAAGAAGCUAUGGAAAGAAUAUGUGCUAUGCCAAAAAAUAUUGUGUCAAGUUUAGUAAAGUAUGCACUGUGGUUACUAGGAAGAUCCCACGAUUCAGGAAAAUGCCACGCUACUAUGUUUUUCGGUUUAAGUUUUCAAUUCAAAGUAAUACUAGAUGAGUUCGACAAUCAAGAUGGGUUGAGAAAGCUUUAUAAUUUGAUUGCAGUACUUCCAAUUUUGUCGGCGGAGGAUAAUAAUGACAUACUAAAUGAUGAUGAGGAAUGCGCUGCUAGACAAUUGGUUCGACAUGUUUGUGUAGCAAUGAAAAAGUAUAUGGAAUCUCACUUGUUUUUCAAAUAUAACCAAGUUAUGAGACAACAAUGUCCAACAAGUGAUAUAUCACUUUCUAUAAGCAAAGCAGUUAAAUUGACACUCGAACAAAUAAGUGAUCAAGUUCGUAGUUUGCAAGAAUGUCUACCAUGGAAAGCUCAUUGGGCGCCAGUAGAUCAAUUACUAAAAUUAGGGGGCAUUACUUUAAUUUUGCGUAUAAUUGCCUAUUCUUAUGAAUGGAAUGGUAUAGUUGGCAGGGCUGAAACUGUCCGGUCUGCGCUAGAUGUUUUGUCAAUAUGUUGUGUUGUGCCAAGAGUUUUUAAUGCCUUUUGUGAUAGAUUGGAAGUGCCUGAUAACCCAGCAUCCGCAGGAAUUAAUGCAAUUCUUGGGGCUGCGAUAGGAGAAAUAUUAGCAGAUGCCGAUGUCCAAAAAUCUGCUCUUGCAGUUCUUGUACAUUGUGUGUGUGCUCCAUUAAACAAGCAAGCAUUUUAUACUCGCUUUGGAUUAACGAAAAGAAAAAUUCCAAAUAGAUAUAACGAAGAAAUAGUUGAAAAAAUAUGGGAAAGCGUUUGCUCAAAUAACGGUAUAAUAGUUCUACUUCAACUAAUGCAAGUUAAAACACCAAUCACAGAUGCGGAUUGUAUACGAGGAAUGGCAUGUCGUGCUCUCGCAGGUUUGGCUAGAUCUGAACGCGUGCGACAAAUUAUUGGUAAACUACCUCUAUUUGCAAGCGGGCAAAUUCAACAUUUAAUGCGCGAUCCAAUUCUUCAAGAAAAACGUGCAGAGCACGUAAUUUUUCAAAAAUAUGCAUUAGAAUUACUUGAACGAGUUUCCGGAAAAGCGAAAACAGUGAAUAAUAUGGAUGCUUCCUUAGCAAAUAUUCAUCGCGCUAAUGUUGUAGCUCAAACUCGUAUACAAUAUAACGAGAAACAGCUUAUGCAACUGAUUUAUGAACAUUUAGAAUCUAAAGGUAUGUCUUCAACUGCUGGAAUGCUAAUGAAAGAAGCUGGAUUACAACCUUCAACACCACAUGUGAAAAGCUUUCAUUCUUCCCCAUUUAGUUAUAAAAUUCCAACAAAUCCUGUUCAACGUUCUAGAAUUAGGUCAAGACCAGAUUUUACAAAUAUAACUGGUGGAACAAGUGAAAACGCAUCGAUAUUCAAUCAAAAUAAUUCAACUUUUCUAACGAUGUCACUAUUAAAUGGCUUUAGUUAUCAUAAUACAGAAUCUAACAGAGUGUUUCAUUUCAAUGGAAAUAAUGCCAACAAUAUGGAUGAAGUUCAAUCAGUAACAGAAGUUACUGCAACAACCCCUAUCAAAUUAAAAAAAUUAAAUCCUCCAUCAAAUAUCCAACCUUUUGUGAGCAAUGUACAGCAACAAACGUCCCGUUCUCUGUCACUACAGAAGCAAAUUUUACCUGGCGAAGAUGUGAGCUCUUCAACAGUAGCAGUUAGCCAAAUAGAAGAAACAACUCAACAGAACUCUCGUAUAUCACUUUCAACUAUUGUAACAGAAUAUUUGACAAACCAACAUGCUUUAUGCAAUAAUCCUAUAUCAACCUGUCCCCAAUUUGAUUUAUUUAAACCCCAUAAAUGUCCAGAUCCAAAGCCAAAUCGCGUAAUAGAUAUUGAAUACAAUUUAACAGCUCGCCUUUUUAAAGCUCAAUCAGGAUUUAAUACCAUGCGAUUUGAUCGUCGAUACGUCCAUUCAAAUUUUCGGUUGUGGAAGACAAUUAGAUCACAAACAAGUGAUUACCCAGAUGUGUUGUUUACUUGCUGUGAUAUUAUGCCAUGUACCAAUUUAGUGAUAGCCGGUACUCAACAAGGUGAAGCAAAGAUUUUUAAUAUAAAUGAAGGAAACGAAGGUUACUCAGCACCAUGCCAUAGUGCAUCAAUCGAAAUGAUUAAAUGUAAUCGUGACGGAACAUUAGUGUUAACAUCAGCAUCCUGGAGAUCACCUUUAUCUGUAUUAUGGUCAGUUGGCACUAGAGAAUUGAAUAGUAAAUUACAAUUUGAUGAUGACUUCUAUGUGGAAUUCGCUAACUUAAGUAUUGAUAAGGCUCUAGGAACUAAAACCGAAAGUUCAAGUAUAUACGAUUUAAAUACAGGCCAAGUGAUAUCUACUUUUAAACCUAGUAUUUCAAAUCAAUACACAAAAAAUAGGGGAACAUUUUGUCCAACCGAUGAAUUAAUUUUGUCAGAUGGGGUAUUAUUUGAUGUUAAGUCUGGUAGAGAAAUUCACAAAUUUGACAAAUUGAAUCAAACAUUAUCCGGAGUCUUUCAUCCAAAUGGGUUAGAAAUUAUUUCUAAUACCGAAGUAUGGGAUUUAAGAACAUUUCAUUUACUGCAAACUAUUCCUGUAUUAGAUCAAUGUUUAAUAAAAUUUUCACCGCAAAAUGUUAUAUACGGAUUCAAUGGUAGUACAGCAGAUGAUGGAUUUGAUUUAGAUUCAACAAGCGGUUUCACUACGAGUUUUAAAGUUUUAGAUGGUUACGAUUAUUCCAGUAUAUCAACAAUUGAUGUAAAGAAAAACAUUUAUGACUUAAGCGUCAAUAAGUAUGGUAGUUUUAUCGCAUUGGUUGAAAAUCUUCCGGGUUAUGAAAAUGCAGAUGAAACAUUCCUUAAAAUAUAUGCCGUUGGAAUGAAGAAAAAUGAAGAAGAAGCUCCAUUUCAGGAGGAAGAAGAAGAAUUGGAAACAGAUGAAGAAGGAUCAGAAAGUGAUGAUUCGCAAGUAAUAUUCAAUUUAGACGACUUUUUGGCCGAGGCUAAUGGUGUUGGUAGACGUCCCAGAAGAAGAAAUCGUCGAAACGAAAAUGCUGAAGAAAAUGAUAGCAGUGAUGAAUGGCAAAGUCUUGAAAGUUUGGAUGUCGAUGAAAAUGAAGAUGAAGAGGAUGCCGGAGGAAGCGGAGGUGAUGAUGAAGAAGAAAAUAAUGAUUUUGAUGAUGAUAUGGCUGAACUCAAUUUCGAUUUAGUUGAUUAAAUUAUUUUCAAAAUACUAUUUGUUUAAAAUGCAAAAAUGUUUCAAAAAUGCAGUCCAAAAUUUUUGAUCGAACUUUAAUAAGAAGAAAAAUAUUUUCGUUCUUUUGAUUAUUAUAAGAAAAAAUUUUUUGAAAUGACGAAAAUUGUUUGGAAAAAAAAAAUAUACAAAAGAAAUGAAACGAAUACCAAAUUAAAAAUUAGUAAAACUCGAAUGAAUUUGUUAAAUUUUGUCAAUUUCUAAUGUUAUGAAGUUAUAUGGAUCUUCAUGUUAUCUUGUAAAUAUUAGAAAAGAAAACAAAUUAAUAUAUUUUUUCUUAAACUGAUUUAACAUUGUAAUUAAAAAUGAAGACCUAAACCAAAAAAAAUAAUAAAAACAAAAAAGUGUCGUAAAAAAACAAUUUUUGUAAGUUACC